AUGUGUUCAUUGGCGGUAGCUUUUGUGGACAUGGAUGUGAACGUGGUGUCAAUGAUGGGCAACACUGGGAAACUGUUGCUCCGGGAUCUGUCCGGGGCAUUUGAAUUCGGCACGAUUAGCGCCCUAAUGGGCUCCAGUGGGUCGGGCAAAACCACCUUGCUCAAGUGCCUGAUGGGCAGCUCAAAGUACCGGUUCGGCGCCCGUACACAGGACCAAAAUGAGAGGUUACUACAUGGGCUAACCGUACGCCAGGCCCUGACCUACGCGUCCCAAUUGAAAAACAGUGGUCGCGAUGCCAGUGGCGGCUCAGGUAGUGAUCAGUCACCGGUGGUUCAAAAGUUUAGUCACAGUCGCCGUAUACGGGAACUGAUGGUCGAACUCAUGAUCCGUGAUAUUAAGGACAAUCGUGUGGACAGGUGUAGUGGCGGUGAACUGAAACGGCUGAUGAUAGCCAUGGAGUUGACAUCGGUUUUGUUGCCAAACGUGAUGUUUUUGGACGAACCCACCACUGGUUUGGACAGUAAUGCCGCAGAUAUUGCAAUUAAUUACUUUGUGAUCUCAUGCUUGAAAACGUUGAGCCGUAAGCAUAACAUAGCGAUUAUAACAUCCAUACAUCAGCCAAACAACGAGCUAUUUAUGCUUUUCGAUAACGUCUAUGUGUUGGCCAAACAGGGCGUCAACAUAUACUGGGGUCGACCGGACGGUCUGGCCAUACACCUGCGCGAGUGCGGUAUAACCACCGGCACCGCCGCCACCACAACCACCCCAUCCAUCACCAGCGCAGUAGAUAUCUGUGAUAACGACACCGAACCGGACAUACAGUUCCCAAUAGAAGUGCUACUGAAAUACUCGUCCAAAGCCGUGACCGCCGAUGAACGGGUGCAACGUUUGGCGGCAAAAACCGGUCAACUCAGGCAUGGGUUACGGCGACAGUGCGCUGAAGGGGCGAUGAAUUUGACGCCCGGUUUUACCAGAAAUCGUAGCAAACGUUUCAAUUUUCCCGACUUUUACCACCUGUUGUUACGACACUCGCUAUACACCUACGUGUGUCAGUGGCGACCAUUAGUGGCACAGAUUGUUUUUUACAUACUGUUCCUACUGUGCCUGACCUUUGCUUAUAAUAGAGAUAUUGGUAAAAUAGAUGGGUGCUCUGUGAAUGGCACCCAGUUUAAUCAAACAUGCCAGGAGCUGGAACAUAGCAUGGGCAUUAUGGAACAGAAUUUGUAUCAUCAGUAUAUCGCAUCCGUGUCCAUUUUUACACUACAUACGGCCAUUUCUACCUCGUUCUUCUUGAGCGAGAUUAAAGUGUUUACAUCCGAACACCAGAAUAAAUGGUACGGCACGGGGUCGUACUACUGGGCCAAAACACUGGUCGAGCAAAUACUAUCGAUAAUAUUUGCCUACAUCUACACAAUAAUCAUGUAUAUCAUAAGCGGCCAGAAACAGGAGAGCUCCCGCCAUCUAUUACGGUUUUAUAAAUACCUGUAUAUAUCGCUCAUGGCGUUCAUGUGCUCGCAAACGCUCGGCUCAAUAAUCGGGCUCAUUUGCCACCGGAACGCCCGACUGGCCCUAUGCGUGGCCGUAGCCAUCUAUUCCACCUUGCACUAUUUCAACAAUUUCAUCGUGCCCACCAAGGACCUUUUUGAAAUAUUUCAAAUCACCUCGGACUUUGUCUACGCUAAGUUUGAGUUCAACGCUAAACUAUUGAUCAUGUACGGUUUUGGUCGGUGCCCCGAGGGCUCUACCGCCCACGUGCUAAACCAGUACUCGGUAGGGCCCGACUCGAUGUACUGGCGCUACUGUGGGUACCUAUUUUGCUCCUACCUGGUGUUAAAAUGCUCCGAACUAACAGCCCUACUCAUCAAGGCUAAUAAGGUGUCGAUCAAUAUGAUGGUGUGUUGGCUCAAGGCCUGCGCAGGCCGGGGCCGGACCAAGAAUGGCCAGUCUGUCCUAAUUUUUGGUCCAGAGUUUCAACGGUUGAACAGCGAUUGCACGGACACCGAGUGCGGCGGCGACGGUGACGGCACCGGUAGUGUUGAACCGAUAGACAAUAAUAACCACAACUCGCUAGACAUGGACACUAAGCCUGUAACCAUCGAUACCGUACCCGCGGGUGCAGCUGCGGCUCCGGUACGCUUCAAAUCGGCCAAUUUGAUGAUAGUAUGGGCGGACCUGUCGUUUGAAAUGCGUCCCAAACUGUGCCGCUGUCAACGGGGCGACGGCUCCGGACCGUUGAUACUGGACGCCAUCGCCGGCGCCAUAGAGUACGGCACGUUGAACGGCCUGCUGGGCCCGAGCGGGUCGGGCAAAACGACCUUGAUGCGGUGCCUGAACGGUCGCCAGAGUCGGCCCAUGACCCCGGACUCCCUGGUCUACGUCAACCGUCAGGAGCCAGUGGUGGCCUGUUUUGUCACCCAAAACACCGCUGAGCACCUGCUGGAGGGCCUCACCGGUCGACAAACACUGGUCUACGCCUGGAAGUUGAAGAACAGUCGCCUGAGCCGUAAGGAGACGGAUGUGUCGCUCAGGGCUGGUGUGGAUGACCUGCUCCGGGAGCUGAUGAUCGGUAAUAUAGGCGAUACGCUGGUCGAGCGGUGUUCGGGCGGUGAGCAGAAACGACUGGCCAUCGCCACGGAGUUGACAUCGCGCGUGAAGCCCAACAUGUUGUGCAUCGAUGAGCCGACCAGCGGUCUGGACAGCGACGCGGCCGAAGUAGUGGUCAGGUGUCUGCGGGCGCUCACACGCCGGCACCGCAUAGCCAUCGUUGCGUCCAUACAUCAGCCAAACAACGAGCUGUUUCUCAUGUUUGACACCAUCAAUGUGUUGGCCAAAGGCGGACACGUGGUCUACGCCGGUCCGCCCGAUGGCCUGCGGGCCCGACUGGUUGAGUGCGACCUCCCGUGCGGCUCAGGGGAGGCCCCCAUCGAGAAAGUGCUAAAACACUCGGCACAGGGAGUGACGGGUAGUCCCGCGAUAGACCGUAUGCGGCGAAAAGCGGCUGAACUCAGGGAUCAGUUGGUGAAACAGUGUCAUCAGAUGAGCGCCGAUAUGGAGCUGAUGCCGUCGGGCGCCGGCCUCCCCACCCGUGCCAAGUGGUUCACUGUCAUUGACUUUUGGUACCUAUUGGUGCGGACAAUGCGGAUCGCAUACCUGUCCCAAUGGAAAGCCCUGGUCAUCCAGUUUUGUGUCUGCAUUUUCAUAGCGUUGCCAUUUUCGCGAUCACUCAAUGAGGAUAUGGUUGUGCCCGACAGCUGUUUGGCCACUAAUAUGACCGCCGAUUUGCUUGAGUGCGCCGACAGUGGCCUGUAUUUGGAGAGUCAGGCCCUGAUCUCCCAGAAUAUCAAGUACAAUAUAGUGUUUAUGACCUUGGUCACCUACCUCCAGAUUGUCAUUACGCCCCUCACAUUCACAUCAGAUAGAAAUGCUAAAAAAUUAAUCUACAAUGUCGUAGGCUGGUACAGUUCAGGCGCAUACUACUGGGCAAAAUCCACCGUGGACAUAUGCCCGGUGCUGGUCACACUACUACCAUUCAUCGGCAUCAUGAACAAAUACAAAUCGUGGUCAAAGUUCGGCGCCUACUACGGCUUCCUAUCGAUAUCUACCCUAUGCUCUCAAUCCGUUGGUCACAUCGCCGGCAUCGUAUUCAGCCAGGACAGCAAAAUGGCCCUGGUACUAUCGUUCGGCAUACACUAUUCCAUGAUGAUACUGGGCAACUGUAUCAUCCCGGUCAAAGAGUUUCACCGCUACAUCCAAUACAUUAGCCACGUGUCCUACAUCAAGCAC